CAACCGGCAGGCCUGGGCAAGACCGCUACUGGUCUUGGUGGAAAGGGACUUGGAAAGAGUACCGCUAAGCGUCACCGUAAGAUCUUACGCGACAACAUCCAAGGCAUCACGAAAGGAAGCAUCCGUCGCUUGGCCCGUCGUGGUGGCGUCAAGCGCAUCUCGGCUACCAUCUAUGAAGAGGUCCGCUCUGCCCUGAAGAGCAGACUGCAUAUGAGUACUGCCCGUAAGACCAUCACUGUACCUGAUGUUGUCUUUGUUCUAAACAGACAUGGCACUCCCAUUUAUGGGUUUGAUGCUCCUUUCCGCACCCGUACC